AUGAACGGCGCGCUUCUCACCAUCGCGGAUAGCAAGCAGUAUGGAUUCUCUCCCUCCGCCGCCUCGCGGCUGUCUCGGGCGGCGCCAUGCUUCCUCGCAGAGGGAGGUGCUCUCAAGGGAAUUCUCGUCCCCAAGGGCCCCGUUGCAGAACAGCUCGCGGCGACCAACGUGUGGAAGACGCAGAGGUCAAAGCUCUGCCAGGACAUCGGAAGGUACCUCGGCCCUCACUUCAGCGCCAUGUUGGCUGCGACCUCAUUGAUCUCUUCCCCGGCGCGGGAGUCUGGAAUUAUACCAAAAUCCGGUCUACUAUGGACCGAUCUCAAAGAGGUCCUCGACAGCUUACCCCACCAGACUCGACUCGAUCCCCAGUCCCCAACCCCGCCCGCUCGAAACGACACCCUACUCGUGACGGCGAACCUAAGCGUGUACCCCAAAUCCCGUAUGACCACGCUCUACCUAUAUCAAUUGCUAUCUGCUAUUCGCUCCGGCACUCUUUUCCAAGAGUACGGGCUAGUGCGGAUGCUCAUAUGGGCCAGGCCCGAGGAUAUACGCUCAACCAUCCUACCCAUGACCGUGCAGGCCCGCGGAAGGAGUGCGGUGGAAGCCGAGCUGGCCUGCGAGUGGAUCAACGAAGUCGCCGGCCUGGAUAGCCAGGACCCAGUCUUCCAGUCCGCCAUCUACCGAUCCAAGCGGUCGGGCGGCCCUCGCGACCGCGCCAUCGAGCUACAGAGCGCCUACCAGACGCUGCAAAGACUCCUCAGCCAGGGAAGGACGAUCCCUCGGGGCAGAGACACGAAGCUGAUCAAGGAGGCCAAGGCCAUGAUCAAGGACCAGCUCGACGAACUAGAAGACGCGUUCGACGCCGGCGAAUUCGAAAAGGGCUCGACGGAGCACAAGAGGUUGAAACGGCUUCAAUACCGCCGCAACAACGACACCAAGCAGGCGGGCUCGUACGUCGACCUCCUUCAAGAACACGCCGAGCUCGCCCAGCUGCACGCGAGCGGGGCCACCAGCGCCGAGGAACUCCAAGAAAGAGAGCGCCUCUGGAACGACAAAGUCGACGCGCUCAACCCCCACAGCCUAUCGACCUUCCGCCUCAUCCGCGACAACCUUCACCUCUUCCAGCAGGACCCGCCCGCCAUGCUCUGGGACCGCCGCACCUUGGAGCCCCUAGCGCCCCAGGCCAUGAGCCCCCUCCUCCGCGGGCCCGGCGAGGGCUCCAAAGUCUUUGACCUCCUCGUCAAAGUCAUGCUCCGCAACUCCACCGUGCCCGUCACCGAGCGCCUCGACGACGUCUGGCCCGACGCCGCCGCCGGUGUCCUCCCCGGCUGCGCGGGCCUGCACGACCCCGCGCGCGGCGGCACGUUUGGCCAGGGCAGGCACGCCGAGUUGUGCGCGCGUGCGCUGAACGCGGGCCAGUGGGUUGAGAUGGUGGAGGCGUGGAUGAAGUGGCCGUUUCGGCCUAGAUGGGAGAGGUUGGAGAGGCAGCACUCCGAGGUGGAAGUGGAGGAUGAUGGGUCGGGCACUGCGGACGGCGAGUUUCUGCUUUGA